GGGCGGAUAUGGGCGGACUAUUCAAAUCCCCGGCAAGUCGAGUCGACAAGUUGAUGCUUGAGAGAGGUUGCUUCUGUAGUAUUUUUGCAUCUGCAGGCAAAUUUUCUGAUCACCAAUUAACUUAUUUUGAAAAAAAAAAAGUUCAGUACCCUCCAAUAAUUUGUGACAACUUGUGGUGCUACAUCAAAUGUGAAUAACCUCUCUGCAAGCAUGUAUGUUUUCUUAUUUAUGUGAGAUUGUUACUUGUUUGACUUGUUUCUUCUUUGGAAUAUUAUGUCAGAUCAUUGUUUUCGGUUUAGGGCUCUGUGGAAAUGAUUCCCGUUAGUGUUAUAGGUUUUCAUGAUCAUGCUUUUUUUUUAAUCCAUUGAUCAUCAUGACAUAAUUUACCAUAUUAUUUUCCAAGACCAAUAAACUAUCAAUUCAUUGCAUGCGCCGACACUUAAAAUGGCCAAGCUGUCAACAACGAUGUGCCAAGUUCUAACCAAAGCCGCCAUUGAAAAUUUGGGACAGCGGAAAAUUUACAGUGUUGUUGACGUACUUCAAGAGGAUCCCAAGAAACUGGCAUCAAUUUCGAAAUUAGAUUUCAAAGACGUUAUUGUAUUACGUCAAACACUCAUCACUAACUUUUCUCCCUUUCCUCGUCAAGGACUUGAUGCUUAUAAUGAACUUUUGUCACAAUGCUCAUACUUAUCAUCUGGUAUUGAAAGUCUUGAUAGUCUUUUAGGUGGAGGUUUUUUAACAGGGAAAGUAUAUGAGAUUUGUGGUGUUUCGGGUUCAGGCAAAACUCAACUGUGUUUAACCGUUGCAGCAAAUGUAGCUCUCAGAAUGAAGAAAUCGGUUCAUUUUAUAGACACAAAAUUAGAUUUUUCAGGGAAAAGGAUUCACUCUAUUUUAGAAGCCAAAGAGUCCAAUGAAGAAGUAGUUGGUAGUACUAUGGAGAAAAUACUUGUAACCAGAGUGCAUUGUUACAAUGAGCUGUAUAAUUUCCUAUAUCAUUUGAAAAAUGAACUAGUUCGGGAGCCUGGGACAACCCGUCUAGUUUUUAUUGAAUCUCUACCUGCUGUGUUUUUUCAGUAUAUGGGUGCAAAUAAUCUGGACAGCCUUGGCUUGUUAAACUCUUUAGCAAGUUUAAUCAAGUAUAUAGCUCAUGAACACUUUGUUGCUAUUGUUGUAAUUAAUUUGGCAAGCAUGUGGGUAGAGGAGGAAUCCGCUUCCCUCGUUCAAAAUGAGGAUGAAACUGCACCAAGUGCUCCGAUCAUUGAUGUAAAACCUGCUCUUGGCAAGUAUUGGGCUCACGUCCCAAAUACAAGACUGUACAUUGAACAGUGUGGAAACUCAACCGAAAGAAAAAUCACUGUAAUUAAAAGCACCCAUCUUGCUACAGGUAGCUUUUGUAAGAUCUCGGUGUUAAGUGAAGGAGUAAAAUAAUGUAGGUUUAAUGAUGCUUUUCAGACUUGUAACAAUAUGGAAAUAAAUAAAGAUGAUAUAAAUGGAA